AUGAACCCCGAUCCGGUGUAUUUUUCGGCCGAACUGGGUGUUUUCCGAAAUAUCGUACUGCUCAUCGCAACUUACGAUCGCUUCCGGUUCAUGUUAAGCAGUAUAUCCAAGGAUGAUGACGGGGGAUCCGCGAAGUUGGGGUCGAAGCCCAUUGUCCGGAAGAGCAACCGGAAAGCCACUGUGAUUCUUUUCGGUCGUUUCGGGAUCGAGGAAAUUUUGAUGCCUCAAGUCGUCGGUGAUGGCAUGCUCAUCACAAAACCGGUUGGACCAGAGGCAGGAGCUAGCUCAGUAAACAUUUCGGCCGUCAUGGACGCGCUUCAGAAGAGUUCAGGCGGACCAGCUCUGUCCGAUGGGUAUCCAGGCCCGCCGGGCGUUAUGCAGUUUCUGGUUUAUGUUCUUCGAGCUCAUUCUCGUUUGAAAUUUGAACCAGGAUUGUUUGAGUGGUGGACUGAUAGCGAAUGUGCGUACAGGGUGACGAGUGGUGCUAUCUUUUGGGAGCUGGAGUGGACGCCGUUUGUGGAAUACAGUCCGCCGGUAUUGAGCGCUAGUCAGUAUAGGAGGAUACUGAACGGGUAG